AUGGUGGACAAGGUUCAGCAUCUUUUGUCAGCCAUGGAUGGGGAUACUUAUAGUCUUGAUGUUCCUCACAGCGGGCCAACUUCGACUCCAAGCGCGUCACCAACCCAACCCUCAGCACAUUCAACCCGUGUAAAGAUCGAAUUUUUAUAUAGCGACGAAGACAACGUCCAGCCCCAUGAUUUCAAUACCAGCACCGGUAGCUUGACAGGGACGAGCACCCACGCAACCCGUGCUCACAUCGGCCCAUCGUUGCCCUCCACCCUGCACACGCGUGUCGUGCCGUGUCCCGACCCUCUGGAACCGGACGCCGAGACUUUGAUGGAGCUGCAGACGGAUGCGCAAAACGCCUGUGACGGGAACGACACUGUGAUCGAUGGCUGUGAGUAUGCCGAAGACGUUGUAGGCACAAUGGCGGAGUCUUUACCAGGCCCCUCCAUUCUUUCCACGAUUUCCCCCGUGGAGGACGCCUUAGCAAGUGCAGGUAUUCGUGCACGAGUGGUCUCCGUUACGCCACACGGUUUAAAUAUGGGAGACCACAUGGCCCAAGGUUCCAUAUCUGAACCUGAGAAGCCACCACUGCGACGCGGCUUGACGGCUAAAGAGUUCGCGCGUUUUCAAGGCCGAAGACAUCUGCGGAGUGAUAGUGAUGAGGACGACGGUGAAGGUAAUUCUGCUAGCUCUUCAUUAAAAAAUAAAAAGAUUCGUACUAAGGAUAUCCAUAGGGAAGGCGAGACCGAGGAGUCAGGGUUAGAGGCCAUUUUUAAUGAAGAUGGUUCCACAGUGCGAGCGAUCCGAAAUGGACCGUACUGCCUCACAGUUGAUGAGCGCGACUUGAUAGAGAAUGACCAAGGGCAUGAGGAAGCGACUGCAUUCUGCGAAAAGGAUGAUGCGAACUCUUUUGAUGACGCAGCUAUUGAUAUUUUGCCUAAUGCAUCGGAAGACGAGAACUAUCUAAAUGAUGAUGAUGAUGAUUCCGAUGCUGAUUGUGAACUUGACGAGUGCCUUGUCGUUGCUGUGGUUGAGCAACUUGUGCGAUGUUGCGAAUCCGAGGAUUUGGAUCAGAAUAUGCAGCGUGAGGCAAGCCGUUUUUUGGGUGUUGCUAAGCCUCUUUUGACACAGCUAGAAAAUGAGACGAUAUCCUUGAAUACAUUCUCGCAUUUGGUCGAUCGCGAUCUGCAUCGCUUUCAUCGAAUUUUUAAAAGUGUCUACCGACCCCGUGACGAGCCUAUUGUGAUUGAUGGGGUUCAGAUGGAUCUUUGA